GACCAAUGGGCAGGCUGUGCCGGCGGGUAAGGGGGAGGGAUUUCCUAUAGGAGUUGGCUAGCGUUCUGGUAUAGAAGAAGAGGAAGGAGCAGAUGGAGAGGCCGGAGGGAUAGGAGUUGCCCCAGGAGCUCAAGGAGCCUAAGCUUGAGGGCCUGAAAGAAGGGGACCCUCAAGAAGGUCGGGCGAGUCUUGGUUCCCUUUUCUGGAGGUGGAGUCUCUCCCUUGAGGGCAGGGCCAGGGCCUUUGUGACUCCUGUGGAACCUCACCUUUGUAAAUCCUUGUGGGCCAGCCUGAUGCCUAGGAAGAGAAGAGCAAGACCUCUCCCUGUCUGGGAUCCUUCUUCCUGCCCAGCUUAGUCUGCAGAGAACCAAGACCUGGCCCCAGCAGGGAGCCUGGAGCCAGAGGGAAUGGCCCCUGGGAGCAGCAGCCCCCCUCCCCAGGGGUUGGUGACAUUCGAGGAUGUGGCUGUGGACUUCACCCAGGAGGAGUGGGGCCUCUUGGACCAUGCUCAGAAGGAGUUGUACAAGGAGGUCAUGCUGGAGAAUGCCCAGAACCUGCUCUCCCUGGGGCUGCCAGUUCGCAGAGAAGACAUGAUCUCUUAUUUUGAGCAAAGGGAAGCACCAUGGAUGCUGAAGCAAGAAGGCCUGAGGAGUCUCUGUCCAGGAGAGAUCAGACUGGAAAUGAAGGGAACUGCAGCAGAGGUCACCCUUCCUGUGGAAAAAAUGCAUAAGCAAAGAUUCAUGAGUGAUAGUACCUCUGAUUUCUUUUGGAGAGAAGUCUGCACAACACCUGAGAAUAUCCACACUGCAGAGAAAUAUUAUGACUGUAAACAACGUCGAAAGGGUUUUAUUGAGAGAAAGUAUCUUAUUGCACAUCAGAAAAUCCUCCCUGGAGAAAAACUUAGUGAAUGUACUGAGUGUGGAAAAGCUUUUAGACAGAAGAGAUGUCUUAUUGCACAUCAGGGAAUACAUACUGGAGAGAAACCUUAUGAAUGUAAUCGAUGUGGAAGGGCUUUUAUACAGAGGGCUUAUCUUACUGUACAUCAGAGAACACACAGUGGAGAGAAACCUUAUAAAUGUAAUCAAUGUGGAAAAGCUUUUAAAUGGUGGAACAGUCUUAGUGUACAUCAGAGAAUCCACACUGGAGAGAAACCUUAUAAAUGUAAUGAAUGUGGAAAGACUUACACAUGGAAGGACAGUCUUGUUGAACACCAGAGAAUCCACACUGGAGAGAAACCUUAUAAAUGUAAUGAAUGUGGAAAGACUUUGAGAUGCAGGAAGAGUAUUCGUGAACAUGAGAGAAUCCACACUGGAGAAAAGCCAUAUGAGUGUAAUCAGUGUGGGAAGGCUUUUAUACAGAGGGCUCGUCUUGUUGUGCAUCAGAGAACACACACUGGAGAGAAACCUUAUGAAUGUAAUCAAUGUAGAAAGACUUUUACAUGGAAGAAUGGUCUUACUAAACAUCAAAGAAUCCACACUGGAGAGAAACCCUAUGAAUGUAAACAAUGUGGAAAGGCUUUUAAAUGGUGGAACAGUUUAACUCUACAUCAGAGAAUUCACACUGGAGAGAAACCUUAUAAAUGUAAUGAAUGUGGAAAGACUUACACAUGGAAGGACAGUCUUGUUGAACACCAGAGGAUCCACACUGGAGAGAAACCUUAUAAAGGUAAUGAAUGUGGAAAUGCUUUCAGAUGUAGACAGAGUAUUCGUGAAUAUCAGAGGAUCCACAGUGGAGAGAAAACUUAUGAAUGUAAUCAAUGUGGAAAGACUUUUAAAUGGUGGAACAUUCUUACUCGACAUCAGAGAAUCCACACUGGAGAGAAACCUUAUGAAUGUAAUCAAUGUGGAAAGACUUUUAGAGAGAAGAGUUAUCUUAUUUUACAUCGGAGAAUACAUACUGGAGAGAAAUCUUAUGAGUGUCAUCAGUGUGGAAAGUCUUUUAAACACAGGGCUCAUGUUAUUGUACAUCAGAGAACGCACACUGGAGAGAAACCUUAUGAAUGUAAUCAAUGUGGAAAGACUUACACAAGGAAGGAGAGUCUUGUUGAACAUAAGAGAAUCCACACUGGAGAGAAACCUUAUAAAUGUAAUCAGUGUGGAAAGACUUUCAGAUGUAGGAAGACUAUUGGUGAACAUCAGAGGAUCCACACUAGAGAGAAACAGUAUGAAUGCAAUCAAUGUGGAAAGACUUUUACAUGCAAGGGAAGUCUUGUUCUUCAUCAGAGAAUCCACAAUGGAGAGAAGCCUUAUGAAUGUAAUCAAUGUGGAAAGACUUUUAAAUGGCGUGCUAGUCUUACUUCACAUCAGAGAAUCCACACUGGAGAGAAGCCUUAUGAAUGUACCCAGUGCAGAAAGGCUUUCACACAGAAGUCCUCGCUUACUGUCCAUCUUAGAAUCCACAUUGGAGAGAAACCUUAUGAAUGUACCCAAUGUGGAAAGGCCUUUAAAUGGAGGAGUCAUCUUAAGCGACAUCAGAGAAUCCACAUUGGAAAGAAAGCUUAAUAAUGUAAUCAUUGUGGUAAAACAUUCAGGCUAAAGUCAGUCCUUGUUUACCAUCAGUGAAUUCAUGGGAGAUAGAGGAAUCCUAUAACUGACUUGAAUGAGGAAAGACAUUGAAAUGGAGUAGAGAUCUUCUUAACAAAACUCUAGGUAUAAGCCAUCUAUACACUCAGUGUGGGAAGGCUUUCAGCUAGAGGUCAUCUCUUAUCCUCUCAUCAGAGGAUUUACAAUGAAAAGAAACCUUAUGAAUGUGCUCAGUGGGUACAUGUCUUCCUCUAUAUCAUGGAGGUCAUGGGUCAAGAUUAUAUUUUCUGUCUGACUAUAACAAAAAGGUUAGAUACAAAAAAUAAUUCAUGUCAACCCUCCAGGUUGAAAAAUCAAAAACGGAGGCAAUAGGCUGGUAAUCCACAAACCUGUGUGAGAGAAUCCAUCUGGAUGUUCUCAGAAAUAGAUUGCCUUCAGAAUAGGGAAAAGAGUUUGUGUUGAUAUUAUCUCAACUGGGGAACAGUCAUUGAUGAAGGGAAGAAAUCAGAUUUUUUUUUAUUAAGGAUAUAAAAAUUGGAGAAAUUUAGGGGAGUUUUGUAUUCUCCCACAGGCCACCUUGCAUAUAUUCAGACUACAGCCAGGGCAUUGCAUGUGACAGACAAUCAAGAAACUUCUCAUUAAAUUGAGCUCAUUUCUGCCUGCUGAUUUUGGUGACCGAACAAUCUUGAUGAUAAAGCAGGGAUUCCCAUGAUAGACUUAAGGCAGAGCAGAACCGCUGUGUAAAGAAAGUAGGUGCUCUUGGGCAGGGAAGAGUUCUUGCAACCUGUAUCUACAAAGCUUCUUAUGAUUGUUCCUACACUGCCAGCCUGGAAAGGAAAGCUAAAGGAAUUCAGUUGCAUAUUAGACGCAUCUGGGUUGCUUGCCACAUGUUCUCUACAAAUCAGUGAAGGGUUCAGGUCCUGAUGACAGCACACUCAUUGGAGUGAUGGUUUCUAGUGCUGAGACCAAUAUAUUGAACAUGAGGGAGCAAUUCAACAGGCAUUAUGGAAGUCUCUGUAUUCUCUCAUCAAGGCAAGUCAGAAGAGUCUUGCUUUGCUAGAAAAAGCUAGCACUGAUAGGAAAAAAGGUUUCUAAUGAAAUUCAUUUGGAUUCUAACGAGGACCCAAGCCCACUUCUUAUUCCCUUACUGAAUUUAUCAGAGAAACUUGAGUUGGAAAGGCCUUCAGAUGCCAUCUAGGCCAGACUCAUACCUGCAGAGGUAUCUCCUUGAAAUAAUUUCUGCUUGAAGACCAGCUAGGAAGGCAGCCCAUUAUUAAAGCACUGUCCAUCAUGCCAGGCUGAAAUCUGCCUUUUGUGGCUUACAAUAGUUGGUUCUAGGUCUUCCCUCUGGAGUCAAGCAGAAUGAGUGGGAUUCAUCAUAGACAUGAUAGCCUUUCAACUAUUUGAAGAGUAUUUCAUGUUACUCACCAAGUUUUCUCUUCUGGAUAAGUUGCCUCGGUCCUUUCAACUCAUUUGAUAUGGUCUCUAAUCCAUCAUAUUCACAUUUCUUUGGAUAUAUUCCAACUCUUCAGUGUCAUUUGUUGAUUAUCUCCAUUUUAUCAUAGCUAGAUAGAGAUAAAUAUCUUCUUUGUCCACAUUUAUUUGUCUGGACAUACCAGCCAAAAGUGCCACCAAAUUGGAAUAUAAAUUACCUUGUAAAAUCUUACUAUUGUGUAAUCUGUUUUUGCUAACAAUGGUGGGACCACGAUUCUUGAUAAUUCUAGAGGAGAGAGUGAAGUUGAUGACUUUGCACAGCUGUGCCUCACUUAAAUACAACUGACUUGCCAACAAAGGACCAACAACAAAAAUCUGUGGGUAAAGAAGCUCAUGAGUUCAAAAGUUAAGUGUUCCUCUCUCAGUUAAAUGAAAAAGUUCAGUUCUCCUAUCAGUCACUUUUAAUUGAAGAAAAAUUCUGAGCUAAGUUUAUAAGUGCUAUGCUCUCUUAAAACACUUUACUUCAAAAGGAAUUAUCAUCUCAGCACCAGUUGCAAAUUAUUUUGUGUCAGGGAAACUUCUUGUCUUUACCUUUAAGCAUCCUGAUUCAAUCCUAGUCCAUCUGUUAUCUCUACCAGCCAGGAUGAUGCCAUUCCUGGAAAUAUUGUCUCUAGGUGUUUUUUUACAAUUAGAGUUAGUUUGUUGUCUGUCAUUAUUUCUGCAAGAUCCAAGUGGACAGUAUCAAUUUCUUCAAGAUGAAAAGAAGGGCUGUUUCCAGCCCACAUUUCAGACUUUCAGCCAAUCACAUUGUCCCUGCCCCCAUAAUGCUGUCAGUCCUUUAACCAUUUAUAUUGUUUUCCCCACCUACCAACUUCUAUUUUUUUUCUUGAAUAUGUAGUUUUUACUGAAAAAAAAAAUCAUUUUUAAGUUAACAUAAAAAUGUACAAAGACAGGAGUAAGAUAUGGACUUCUUUUGUGAAAAAUGUGUGGUCUGUUGUUCUUUAAAUAUUUUUAGAGUUCAGGGCAAAAAUGUACCCCUGGAGCCUCUUAAUAAGGUAAAGGGCAAGUUCAAAAAACCAAGUGAUGGACAAAACUGCCUCUCCUCCUCCAGGACUUUGAGAUCCAUGGGGAAACCUUUGGGUGAAUUUAUGUAACAAAUAAACUGCUAGUGCUCAGA